AUGUCUUUCCUUUCCAUCCUGGUGAUUGUUUCUUCUCUCGUUUGCGGGACGGUGGCCAGCACCUGCAGCUACACUCAGGCCGUCGCCGGGGAUGGCUGUUGGAGCCUGGCCGAGCGAUGCGGUAUCACCGAAGCCGAACUGGAAGCCUACAACCCUACAUCCAACUUCUGUAACUCCAUCCAAGUGGGCCAGUAUGUCUGUUGCUCAGCGGGGUCGCUUCCAGACUUCUCCCCCAAGCCCUAUGCCAACGGCACUUGCUACACAUAUACGGUUGAAUCGGGAGAUUCAUGUGCAGCCAUUGCCACUGCACACCAGAUGAAUGUGACGAGCAUAUCCGUCUUCAAUAAACAGACCUGGGGCUGGGCCGGCUGUUUACAUCUUCUGGUCGACCAGAGAAUUUGUCUGAGCGAAGGCAACCCUCCCUUUCCAUCGCCCUUGGAGAAUGCGGUCUGCGGACCCCAGGUUCCAAAUACCACUCAGCCGGCCGGGAUGGCUCCAAGCAACUGGACUAAUCUGAACCCCUGUCCUCUUAAUGCCUGUUGUGACAUCUGGGGCCAGUGCGGUAUCACCCCCGACUUCUGUACCGAUGAUCCUGCUUCCACUGGGGCCCCAGGAACGGCAAAGAACGGAACCAACGGCUGCAUCUCCAACUGCGGCACCAACAUCACUAACAAUGCAGUUAAACCCAGCUCAAUCAAACGGAUUGGUUACUUUGAAAGCUGGAACUUGGAUCGCCCGUGUUUGAACAUGGAUAUCUCAAAGUUUCAGGGGAAUGACUACUAUACCCAUGUCCACUGGGGCUUUGCUAACAUCACGACGGACUUUCAAGUCGACGUCAGCGGUGAUCAAGAUCAGUUCAAUGGUUUGCUCAAUCUUACCGGCAUCAAACGAAUUCUCAGCUUUGGUGGAUGGGGUUUCUCCACGGAUGCUUACACCUAUGAGAUUCUUCGGACUGGUGUGAUGGAUGGUAAUCGCCAGAUCCUCGCCAAGAACGUCGUUGACUUUAUUGUCGAUAAUGGCCUUGAUGGUGUCGACUUUGACUGGGAGUACCCCGGGGCCCAAGAUAUUCCAGGCAUUCCACCAGACUCUACAGAAUCCCCCGAAAGAUAUCUCGAAUUUCUAAGGCUGGUGCGAACUGAGCUACCCACAAACAAGACUUUGUCAAUUGCAGCUCCGGCCUCGUAUUGGUAUCUCAAGAACUUUCCAAUCGCGAACAUGUCUACCGUCGUGGAUUACAUUGUGUAUAUGACCUAUGAUCUUCACGGCCAGUGGGAUUAUGGUUCAAAAUGGGCCGACUCCGGAUGCCCAACCGGUGGCUGCCUUCGCAGUCAGGUGAACCAGACCGAGACGGCAUAUGCUUUGUCUAUGAUCACCAAGGCCGGUGUUCCGGCCAAGAAGGUCGUGCCUGGUCUGGCUCUCUACGGACGCAGCUUCAAGAUGGCCAACUCCACCUGCAGCGGACCUCAAUGCCACUUCACCGGGCCGGACUCGGGCGCGGAACCAGGACCAUGUACUGAAACCGCCGGUUAUAUCUCCAACUACGAAAUCUACCAGAUCAUUGGCGAAGCUGAGAAUCCCGACGUAUACGGCCCCAGCAACAUCACCCAGUACUACGACCAGGGAGACAUACUUAUCUACGACACGGACAAUUGGGUCUCGUGGCUCAGUCCAGCCAGUUACGCCUCGCGACGGAGCUGGACCGACAGGCUGAAUUUCGCCGGCACCUCCGACUGGGCCGUGGAUUUGAACCAAACCUAUCUGAACAAUGGAACCGGGGACGCCGUGAGCAUCGACCUUGGCGAUAACUACUCCUUCUGUGACUACACCAAGAACUACACCAGUCUGGACGAUCUGUAUGCUGCUAGUGGAAGCCUGCAUACUGAGUGUAUUGCAUUCUACUCUUUGCAAGUUCUGAUUGACAUGCUUGAUGUGGCUUACGCCAACUACACCAACGUCAACAAUGGUUACGAUGACCUGUUCGGGUACUAUGUCACAUACAUGAAGGACCUGGUACCGGAGGUCCUGGUUUACGACUUUAUACAAGAAAUGAGCUACGAAGCCACGACCCUCACGAUCUCCAACCAAACCGGCUACGAAACCGCGCUCACCAACGCCGGCAUCGACGAAGACUGGGUUGAAUACGGUGCAUACACCUACUCCCUCGAGGACGCACAACCCCACGCAAGCCGGGACUUCAAGUACAAGUUCAAGGAUUUCCCCGUGAAGAACGCCUCCAUGGUUGUUCCCAACCCCAAGGAUAUUGUGACCCAGGGGAUCGGGAGUAUCCCGGAUCUGCGGAUAGCCAUGCAGGCAACGUUGUUGGAUAUUGCACUCGGGCAAUGGUUUAAUGGCUCGGUGGCAGAUGCGGCAGAGGCGUAUAGUACACCGGUAUUUAUUCUGAUGCAGGCGAUUGAUGAUAUGGCGAAUGCGAAGAAGUUGGGCGAAGAGGAGAAGAAAGAAGAGGAGGAGGAAGAAAGACGGAAGAAGGAUUUUAUUUUGCUCAUCGUGAGCGUCGUACUUAUGGUAUGUAUUCCAUUCCCCCUUUCUUCCCCCUCACAGCAUCCCACUUACUGACACCAUCAACAACCAGUUCGUCCCCAUCAUCGGCGAAGAAGCUGCUGCCGCCGCCGGACUCGCCGAUCUGGCUCGCGGCAUUGCCCUCGCCGGGGAACUUGGCAACAGCGCCCUGGCAUUGUACGAUACCGUCGAGGACCCCAGUUCGGCCGUCGUCAAUAUCCUCGGCAUGUUGUUUGGAGUGGGUACCAUUACCAAGGUCGCGCGCGAUGGCGAAGGUCUCGCGGCGGUGGCGAAGCUGCGGAGGGAAAUGUCCGCCACUGAAGUAUCGGCUUUGGGCACGAUUUUCAAGGAUAAUGAUGAUGUUUUGCAGUCGAUUAUGAAGGUGUGUCGGUAUUGAGCUGUGUUGGGUGGAGAUGGCUGGGUUAGGAAGGGGUUGGGGGUUUUGCUGGUCGGGAUGUAUACAUUCAGGGAGGAAGGGAGGGAUGGACCAGGCUCAGUGUCAUUCUUUGGUUCGACUUUUUCCUAGUGUUCUUUUUUGUUUC